AUGCAGCCCUCGGAUAUCUUUGUCGGCUCAAUCGACCAGGGCACGACUAGCACACGGUUCCUCAUCUUCAACCGAGAUGGAGAGCCUGUGGCGUCCCACCAGUUGGAGUUCACGCAGAUCUACCCUAACCCGGGGUGGCACGAACACGACCCCCUCGAGCUCGUCACCUCGGUGGAAACCUGCAUCGAAGAAGCCGUACACUCAUUCGAAAGCAAAGGCCACACCCGCACCAGCAUCAAAUGCGUCGGAAUCACCAACCAACGCGAAACAACCGUGGUCUGGGACCACGAGACUGGCGAGCCCCUCUACAAUGCCAUUGUGUGGACCGAUACGCGCUCACAAGCAAUCGUAACCGAGCUCAAACAGAGACCCGGUGCAUUGCAACUCCAAGAAAUCUGUGGCUUGCCGCUGUCAACCUACUCCUCUGCCACGAAGCUGCUGUGGAUGCUAGCGCACGUUCCCAAAGUAAAAGAAGCCUUCGAGCGUGGCACACUGGCGUUUGGAACGGUCGAUUCGUGGCUUGUCUACCGUUUGAACGGUGGCGCUGAAGCCAACGUUUUUGUCUCGGAUUCGACAAACGCGUCGCGCACCAUGUUCGUGAACUUGGAGUCUUUGAAGUACGAUGAUACAUUGCUAGAUUUCUUUGGUAUCAAGGGCAAGAUUCAUUUGCCUCGGAUUGUGCCCUCGUCUGAUACAGAUGCUUACGGCGUUAUUGCCUCCGGUGCUCUUGCGGAUGUGCCGAUUAUGGGGUGCCUUGGAGACCAGUCCUCUGCGUUGGUUGGGCAGAAAGGGUUCUUUCCGGGAAUGGCGAAGAAUACGUAUGGAACGGGGUGCUUUCUGCUCUAUAACGUUGGUGACAAGCCUGUUUUUUCCAAACACGGUCUUCUAGCUACCGUGGCGUACCAUUUUGGUGGGAAGGCUGUCUAUGCGUUGGAAGGGAGCAUCGCUGUUGGGGGGUCGGGGGUUAAAUUCCUGCAGAAUAAUUUGGCCUUCUUUCAAGAGCCAAAGGAUGUCAAUGAUCUGGCUCUUUCGGUGGACGAUAACGGUGGCUGUGUUUUUGUCACGGCCUUUAGCGGUUUGUUUGCACCUUACUGGAUUGACGAUGCCAAGGGGACCAUUUUCGGAAUUACGCAGUACACCCAGAAAGGCCACAUCGCACGAGCAACACUGGAAGCAACAUGCUUCCAAACCAAAGCAAUCCUAGACGCAAUGGAAAAGGACAGCGGCAAAACACUCUCCGAGUUGGCAGUCGAUGGAGGAAUGAGCAAUUCAGACUUGGCAAUGCAGACACAGGCCGAUCUCAUUUCAAUCCCCGUCUACCGCCCGAAAAUGCGCGAAACCACAGCCCUUGGCGCCGCCAUCGCAGCUGGUCUCGCGUUCGGCAUAUGGAACAGUUUCGCCGAGCUACGAGAUGUCAAUGGCGCCGGUGGCGCGGUAUUCGAGCCCAGUAUCACCCGCGAAGAGAGCGCGAUCAAAUGCGGUGAAUGGGAAAAAGCCGUACAGAUGUGUCGGGGCUGGGUUGAAGGCAAUGGACAAGAUUCAGCCAAUUCCACGUCCCAGGAAAAGACAAAUGGAAUGCCCAAUAGAUCAAUGGAGAACCGAGAUGUUUCUGUUCUUAAGGCUAGUAAGCCAGCACCGUCACCGCUGAUAUCGGAUAUUACAACGGCCAGUGGAGUCGGUGCAGUUCUCAAAGUGCAAGCGCGGACAUCGAAUGGCGGAGAGUCCCCGUCGACGAAGACACCAUUGAUUAGUAUCUUAGGAGAUUUGGAUGAUGCCGAUGAGGAGGACUUGUUCUUGGAGCUGAGGAAGGUGGAGAUUUUGCAGAAGUUGAAGAAGAUGCGCAAACUCAAGCUGAACUAUUACUAG